AUGGUCCUACGACAGUUCUGCACGGCACGCACCGCAAGCCGGGCUCUAUCAAUUUCUUCGCACGCGAGAUCGACGAUUGCGAUGCCCCUCCGCGCGAGAAUCGGAGUGAAUGCUAUGGCGCAGACUUCCCGUUCCCAAUCGACGGCUGCCACUGCUACAGCUCCUGCUGAAACAGAGAAUACAGAAGACGAUGUCCUCUUCGAUUCCAUAAAGGGUGUUAGAACAAUCACUCUCAAUAGACCCCAGAAGCUCAAUGCUCUUAGUGCAUCCAUGGCUGGCAAGAUACUGCCUAGAUUACUCGAAUGGCAAAAAUCUCAAAUGGCAAACGUAGUAGUCAUCAAAGGCACCGGAGACCGUGCAUUCUGCGCCGGCGGUGACGUCGCCGUCCUCGCCGAACAAAAUCGUAUGGGACCCGCAGGUCAACAAGCUUCAAUCGACUACUUCGCCCUAGAAUACAAACUCGACAACCUCAUCGCCAAAUACACAAAACCCUACGUCGCCUUCAUGGACGGCAUAACCAUGGGUGGUGGUGUCGGUCUCUCCCUCCACGGCCACUUCAGAAUCGCAACAGAACGUACACUAUUCUCCAUGCCGGAAACCACCAUCGGUUUCUUCCCGGACGUCGGUGCUAGUUUUUUCCUCCCUCGUCUUGAUGGAUAUCUAGGUACCUAUUUGGCAUUGACCAGCGAACGACUUAAGGGCGUACAAGCCUAUUGGGCCGGUGUGGCGACGCAUUAUAUCCAUUCCUCGAGUUUGCAGGAUUUACAGGACAGACUUGCGGAAUUGGAGUUCAACGACCAUGAUGAUUUACAAUGGAGGUUGGAGCAUAUAAAUUCUACGAUCGAGGAGUAUACGACCGGAUUACCGCAUAACGAGCCAUUCAAACUUGCUGGAGAGACGAGGGAGGCUAUUGAUCGAUGCUUCCGUUACAACACCAUCGAUGAAAUAAUGCAAGCCCUUAGAGAUGAAGACUCAGAAUGGGCGAACAGAACAAUCAACACCCUCCGCAGCCGUUCCCCCAUAGCCCUCCGCGUAACCCUCCUCGAAAUGCGUUACGGUGCAGCCUGGACUAUCAACACAGCCUUCAUGCGAGAAUUCCACAUGGCCCGAAAGUUCAUGAACCACGGCCUCCACCCUGACUUUGUCGAAGGUGUAGAAAAGCAACUAGCAAAACCUGUAGAAGGGUUUAAGCAACCCCCUGUUUGGAGACCAGCUAGUAUUGAGGAGUCAACGGAUGCGAUGGCUCUGAAGUACCUUGAGAUCGAGGAUGGAGCUCCAGCACUAGAUUUGGUUACGGUUCAUAGAGAAACCGAUUUUUCGAAUUAUCCGCAUGCAUGGUUGGGUUUGCCGUCGGAGGAUGCGGUUAAGGUCAUGUUGGGUAAAGGGGAGAGGAAGACGGCCGGGGAGUUGGAGAAGGCGGUCUUGAAACAAUGGGAUGAUAAGUUGGGUGUGAAAGAGAAGUUGAAGGAUGUAUUCCAGAGGAAGAUUCAAGAGGGCGCUGAUGGGAUUGUGGAGUGGAAGGUUGAGGCGUAG